CCCAAGAUUUUUUUUCUUUCUUCACUUUCACGAUUCCUUCUCUCAACUUCUACGCUAGUCCGCUUAGUCGGAUGGAAUAUCGUUUCCUCAGAGUGGUGGACUAUUAUUACAAUGAUCAUAUAUAUACCCAGGACGAUGAGUUCGACGGUUUAGACAAAGACGAUGUGUACAGACGAUUAGCCGAGUUCGAGGAUCUAGACGACCCAACGAUAUGUGAAGAUCACACCGGCCGUAUCGAAGAGCUUCAAAACGAUUUGGCCCUGAUGCUGGAUCAGUGGACCUCCAUCUCCAUCGUGCUUAGUUCCAUGCAGACGACGUUUAUGAGCACACCCGAGUCAGCGCAAGGCAAUGAAGACAUUUGGCGAGAAAUGAGAGCAGCAAGUGAUUACUUGAUGGCCCAAAUUCGAAAACUAGAAAAACGUAUCUUGGCCGCUGAACAAGAGAUACUAGGCCUACAACAGAGCACGAACUGUGUGGCCACGCCCUAAUCUAAUCCCCCUUUCUCACAUUGUAUAUAACGACGUCCACCCUUCCUGUACAAACUUUUAUUUUCUCAUUUGUAUUUACCAUAAUUUCUUUGGGGGGCAAAUAUAUAUACUGCUUCUGCAUCCGCCAAUCCAUGCAUCGCCACGUUUUUACUCUUCUUUAAAUAUCGUCUGGCGGUAAAAUUGGAGCUCCUCAAUACUUUCUAUAAUAUCGCCCAUGGCUCGAUGAGCACCUUUUUUGACCAAGGCAUUGUACGUAUCUGGGUACCACCUCCGGGCCAGCUCUUUCACUGUGCUGACAUCUAUUUGGGAAAAGUGGGGUGAAUCCAAAGGGGUCUCCACGCUAAACUAUUGCCAAGACCACUUACCCACAAUACGAUAGUGGAGAUGCUCUACUACUUUGGGCAUCUCUUUUUCAAGGAAUCGUUUGUCUGCAUGAACCGAG